AGGGCUGCUAGGGUUGUAGUUCUGCGUUGAAUUGCUAGCAUUGUUACUGUGGUCAUCAAACUUGGCUCUCCCCAGCAAGCUGAAAGCUCUGAGGAAAGACACAUCUGAACUUGCUUACCAUUAGGAGGUGGCCAAGUUGGAGAAGCACUUGCUGCUUCUCCGACAGGAGUAUGUCAAGCUGCAGAGGAAAUUGGCAGAGACCGAGAAGAGAUGUACUCUUCUGGCCGCGCAAGCGAACAAGGAGAGCAGCAGUGAGUCCUUCAUCAGCCGCCUGCUGACCAUCGUGGCCGACCUCUACGAGCAGGAGCAGUAUAGUGACCUGAAGAUAAAGGUUGGGGGCAAGCACAUGAAUGCACACAAGUUUGUGCUGGCAGCCCGCAGUGACAGCUGGAGUCUGGCCACCUUGUCUUCCACCGACGAGCUGGACCUGUCAGACGCUGACCCCGAGGUGACGCGGACAAUGCUCCGCUGGAUCUACACGGACGAGCUGGAGUUCCGGGAAGAUGACGUGUUCCUGACCGAGCUGAUGAAGCUGGCUAAUCGGUUCCAGCUACAGCUCCUCAGGGAGAGAUGUGAGAAGAGUGUUAUGUCUCUGGUGAACGUGAGGAACUGUAUUCGUUUCUAUCAGACUGCAGAGGAGCUGAGUGCCAGCACACUGAUGAACUAUUGUGCAGAAAUUAUUGCCAGUCAUUGGGACGAUCUGCGGAAGGAGGACUUCAGCAGCAUGAGUGCCCAGCUGUUGUACAAGAUGAUCAAAUCCAAGACCGAGUACCCGUUACACAAGGCAAUCAAAGUAGAGAGAGAGGACGUGGUCUUCCUCUAUCUCAUUGAGAUGGACUCACAGCUCCCUGGGAAGCUGAAUGAAGUGGAUCAUCACGGAGACCUUGCUUUAGAUCUGGCCCUAUCACGACGACUAGAGAGCAUUGCCACCACGCUGGUUAGCCACAAGGCAGAUGUGGACAUGGUCGACAAGAAUGGCUGGAGCUUGUUACAUAAAGGAAUCCAAAGAGGAGAUCUCUUUGCUGCCACCUUCCUCAUUAAGAAUGGGGCCCUUGUCAAUGCUGCUACGUUGGGUGCCCAGGAGACACCGUUGCACCUUGUGGCCUUGUACAGUGCAAAGAAACACUCGGCAGACGUGAUGUCUGAGAUGGCCCAGAUCGCAGAGGCCCUUCUGCAGGCUGGUGCCAACCCCAACAUGCAAGACAGCAAGGGCAGGACUCCCUUGCACGUGUGCAUCAUGGCCAGGAAUGAGCACGUGUUCAGUCAGCUGCUGCAGUGCAAACGGCUGGAUCUGGAGCUGAAAGACCACGAGGGCAGCACCGCUCUGUGGCUCGCGGUGCAGUACGUCACCGUGUCUCCCGACCACUCGGUGAACCCCUUCGAAGACCUCCCGGUGGUGAAUGGGACGUCAUUUGACGAGAACAGCUUCGCAGCCAGACUCAUCCAGCGAGGGAGCAACACGAACGCGCCGGACGCCGUCACAGGGAAUUGCUUACUACAGCGGGCAGCCGAAGCAGGGAACGAGGCAGCAGCUCUUUUCCUGGCGACCAGUGGUGCCCAGGUCAACCACAGGAACAAGUGGGGAGAGACCCCGUUGCACACAGCCUGUCGGCAUGGCCUGGCCAACCUCACGGCAGAGCUCCUGCAGCAAGGUGCCAACCCAAACCUGCAGACGGAGGAAGCUCCGCCUUUGCCGAAGGAGGCCGCGCCCCCGACCAGCUCCGUGGACAGCGUCUAUCUGCAGACACCCCUGCACAUGGCCAUCGCCUGUAAUCACCCAGAUGUGGUGUCUGUCAUCCUGGAGCAGAAAGCUAAUGCUCUUCAUGCCACCAACAACUUGCAAAUUAUCCCGGACUUCAGCCUCAAGGAUUCCCGAGACCAGACGGUGCUGGGCCUGGCAUUAUGGACCGGCAUGCACACGAUCGCAGCCCAGCUGCUGGGCUCCGGGGCCUGCAUCAACGACACCAUGUCGGACGGGCAGACCUUGCUGCACAUGGCCAUGCAGCGGCAGGACAGCAAGAGCGCGCUUUUCCUCCUGGAGCACCAGGCAGACAUAAACGUCAGGACUCAGGACGGGGAGACAGCCUUACAGCUGGCCAUCAGAAACCAGCUUCCACUCGUGGUGGACGCCAUAUGCACCCGGGGAGCGGACAUGUCCGUGCCAGAUGAGAAGGGGAACCCCCCGCUGUGGCUUGCCUUGGCCGGUAAUCUGGAGGACAUCGCCUCCACCCUGGUCAGACACGGCUGUGAUGCCACGUGCUGGGGCCCGGGGCCCGGUGGGUGUCUGCAGACACUCUUGCACAGGGCCAUUGAUGAAAACAACGAGUCUACCGCCUGCUUCCUUAUUCGCAGCGGCUGCGACGUGAACAGUCCCAGGCAGCCUGGUCCUAAUGGAGAAGGGGAGGAGGAGGCCAGAGAUGGGCAGACCCCCUUGCAUUUGGCAGCCUCCUGGGGGCUGGAAGAAACAGUACAGUGUCUUCUGGAGUUUGGUGCCAGUGUAAACACACAGGAUGCAGAAGGAAGGGCGCCUGUCCACGUGGCCAUCAGCAACCAGCACAGUGUCAUCAUUCAGCUGCUGAUCUCCCACCCUGAUAUCCACCUGAGCGUCCGCGACAGACAGGGGCUGACCCCUUUCGCCUGCGCCAUGACUUACAAGAACAACCGGGCCGCCGAGGCCAUCCUCAAGCGAGAGUCCGGGGCUGCCGAGCAGGUGGAUAACAAGGGCCGGAAUUUUCUUCACGUGGCAGUUCAGAACUCUGACAUCGAGAGUGUCCUGUUCCUGAUCAGUGUCCAGGCUAAUGUGAAUUCCAGAGUCCAGGAUGCCUCCAAGCUGACCCCUUUGCACCUCGCUGUCCAAGCAGGCUCAGAGAUCAUCGUCCGCAACUUGCUUCUUGCAGGGGCCAAAGUGAAUGAGCUGACAAAGCACCGCCAGACCGCCCUCCAUCUCGCCGCCCAGCAGGACCUGCCCACCAUCUGCUCCGUCCUCCUGGAGAAUGCGGUGGACUUCGCUGCUCUGGAUGAGAAUGGGAAUAAUGCGCUUCAUCUUGCCGUCAUGCACGGUCGACUCAACAACAUCCGGGUUCUCCUGACCGAGUGCACCGUGGACGCCGAAGCCUUUAACCUACGAGGCCAGUCGCCACUGCACAUCCUGGGACAGUACGGCCGAGAGAACGCAGCAGCCAUCUUUGAGCUGUUCCUGGAGUGCAUGCCUGAGUACCCUCUGGAUAAAGCAGACGCGGAAGGAAACACGGUGCUGCUCUUGGCCUACAUGAAAGGGAAUGCCAACUUGUGCCGUGCCGUCGUCCGCGCUGGAGCUCGCCUUGGUGUCAACAACAACCAGGGAGUCAACAUUUUCAACUACCAGGUCGCCACCAAGCAGCUGCUGUUCAGACUGCUAGAUAUGCUGUCCAAGGAGCCUCCGUGGUGCGACGGGUCCACCUGUUACGAGUGUGCUGCCAAGUUUGGAGUCACGACUCGCAAACAUCAUUGCCGCCACUGCGGACGCCUCCUUUGCCAUAAAUGCUCGACCAAGGAGAUUCCUAUUAUAAAGUUUGAUCUGAACAAGCCUGUGCGAGUUUGCAACAUUUGCUUUGAUGUACUGACUCUGGGGGGGGUCUCUUAGGGAGCCCCCAGGCCGCACCCUGGUCGCCUCCCCGGCAGCUGCUCUGCUCACCAGCCUGACCCACCCAGAGCAGGGGCUGGCCGUCCCGUCUUCCCGUGGAACAGACUGAACGAUUAAGGACCCCGGUGCAAUUGACCCCAUUUCAAAGAUUCCAUUGGGUUGUCCGUGUGUCUGACUGUGAUCGAGGUCACUGGACGACUCGGUGGACCAGGGCGUGUCGCCUAAGCAGCCCCUGUGACAGGAGAUGGACCCCAUUCUGCUUGCACCGUACAAGGACGCUCGGAAAACCGUUCCCUUCCCCGUAGCUUAGUGUCGUGUCGAGCACCCCUGCGGUCUUCAUGUGCGGGCGGGCGGGCUGGCGGAGCCCCCGGGGGGCCUGGCAUCUGGCCGCUCCGGGAGCGCCGCCUUCGCUCCGGGUGAGUGGGCGUGCACACUGUUUUCGUAAACAUUACAGGAUCCUCUUGCCCAAGGUCUUUUUUUUUUUUUAACCCAAGCUGAUAUUUUUAGUGAGCUGCCCCUUUAAAAAAGGUGAAAUCUUUCGAAACAGGGUUCAAAGAUGAGAGCUGAAAAAUCGUGGCCUUAACAACCGAAAGCUUUACCAGUACUCACGCUCCUGGGUCCAGGGGUGCGGCGUCCCGCUCUCUCGUCUGGCGGUGUCCUGUGUGCAGAGGCCGCGGUCACUCCGCCCCGGGGCCUGCUGGCCGAGAUGCACUUUUCUCGUGCUGCACUUUUUAUAUAGCUGCAUUAUGAGUGAUUCCAAUUUAAAAAUCCACGUCCAGAGAUAGCGUCACGCACCCAUGCGUCAGUGGUUCCGACGAUCAGCUCUGAUGGGACCUCAGCGCACCUGGAGCUGCAGAGCGUCCCUGGGAGCAACAGGGUCACCCAGGCCCGGCGGUGUCGCCUCAGGCCAGCAGGUGCGGGAACCCCCAGUUCCCAGCGGCUUUUCCCCGCCCAGCGGGUGCAAGCCGGUUUGGAAAGCACCCAGAGCUCCCUGGGCCCUGGUCGCUGCUGCGAACGGUAGGCCUGCAGCGCUAAACGCCUCCUUUUAAAGGUUUGGCCAGUUUUUAAACAAUGCACAUUGGAAGGGAGACUUCUGCCACUGUUUUAAAGAAAGAAACUCUGAGACGAACGUGGUUGUUCACGAAUGUUCUCAGAGAUCAACAGUCUCGAUCGUCAUGCUGGUUUUCAGACAUUUAACCACCACUACGUUGUUUCUGCAUUAACGAAGUUUGGGUUUACGUGUAAUGGGACUACAGAUUGUUUUGCAACAGCCUGUUUUUUUUGGUUUGUUUUUGGAUAGUGGUAUGUCAUCUCUGUCGCUGUAGAUUUAUACAUUCUGUUGCUUAAAUGUGUGUGUAAAAUGAGCUGAUAAACCAGAGUGCUACUUUUUAAUAUUUCUGUGACUUAUGAGAUACAUAAGCUUUCUGUGUUAAUAUGAGCUUGUGCACAAUGUAUAAAAGAAAAAAUUAAUUAGAAGAGUUCCCCUGUCCCCUAAAGUCUGUGACACAUUUCCUAUAGAAUUUUUACAGAGGGACAACUAGUCUUGGCAGACGCUUGCCCCCCGGGAGGCCUGUGCUCAGCUUCCGUUUGCUGGUGCCUGGACGGGGCCACGAGGAAGUAGGGCUUCGUGAGGUGGUGACUCGGCUCUGGAGUUGGAAAGGAAGACGAUGGGCUUCAGAUGUGAAUCAAGGCAGCUGGUACUUUUAUACUCUUUUCACGUUCGUGGUGGAGAGCGGAGCUUGGGAAGUCCAUCAGGGAUGAGACCGAUUGUCCUGCCCCUGCCCCGCCAUUACCAAUUGUAGUAACAGUCUUGCCUCUAAUUGCACUUAAAAUCUUAAAGUCCUGUUGAAAAUACGUCGAGUCCAGCUUCUGUUUCUUCAGAGUCCACAGAUGGCUGUGGUACCGAGCAGCCACGGAGCGGGGGAGCAUUCUGUGAGCUCUGCGCUGGCUUCAGGGUGCGUCCUUGUACACGUAGACAGGACACCUUCCCGCAGCCUCGGGGGUUCCGCGGGACCACGCGGGUGCUCGCCGGGCCGCACGCAGCACAUUCCGUGGCGGCUGCCCGUGGGGCUCCCCCGUCACUGCCCUCGCUGGCACGUGACACGCUAUCGAACUGCAGGGCUGUUCUCCGGACAGUUUAAUCCAUAGCUUAAAUACUAGUAGCAAAAUCUCACUUUCAUUCAUUCAGAAAGUUGCCAGUUGUGAAUGAGUACAGCAGGAAGAAUAAACUUUCUGAAACACAGCGUGUGCGUCCGUGGACGUUGUUACGCGGAGUUAGCGCAUCACCAGGCCUGCGGGACUGCCCCCGCCAGCGGUCUCCUCCACGCGCUGCGUGUGCGCCCAGGGGCUCCCCUAACUUGCUUCGAUCCUCUAAUUUGGGAGUUUCCCGCCCAACUUAAGUGCCUACACUUAGGACUCUUCAGUUCUCAGUGAUUUGUAGUGGUGUCUGGCCAAACGAUGUAUCAGAGCGUGUGUUGCGUUUGGAGUUUGCUGCCUGCGUGCUGUCUGCCCCAGUUCGCAGUUUGGUCGAGGCUGGACCAGACCGCUCCGUUCGCCUGCCGUACUCUCUCCAGCAGUGGGGUCCCCGUGACUGCUAGCCCUCGACCUCAGCCCCAGGUCACUUCCGGCCGUCCCUGCGUGGAGCCCGGCGUGCCGGCCGGUUCGCCACCGCUCUGCACACGCGCCCCUACCUGUUGCGCUGGACGAUACUGCGCUGCUCUUGUCCUAGCUGUGAAGUGGAGGGAAAGCCUCGGGAGGGGCUGUGUGACGCUUAGACCUGAAAGGCACACCGAGCCCCCAGGUGACAGGUGUCACUGUGCGGGUGUGACGCUGUCACGACAGGGGCACCGAAGGAGCUCCUGACAAGUCUUCUCCCAGGACUGGGACUGCUGCCCUCAGGAUGAGCCCUGGGAGAAGUGGGCACGGGCCCCCUCAUCAGAGGCGCCCCUGGCCGCGGAGAGGAGGGGCGUGGAAGCCACAUUGUCAUUGUAAUUUAAUAAAGUGAUUCUUGAAGAGCCGAUUGCUCGAUGAGAUAGAAACUAAACACUUAAUAAAUUCUCCGGAGUUGUCGAUGCCUUAAAGACUUCUCUGUAAGAUCACUGCCUGUGCGCUUCCUUCUGUGGCAUAGAUCACAUGCUCACCUGUCGCACACAACGGACAACGUGGCUUUUCCCUAGUGAGGGAGUCUUGAGUUGGCAGGCCGCUCGACUUGGUGACUCGUCCUUUCGUGGCAGGUGCGUGGCUGUUACCAUGACACGUGUGUGACACCGGGAUCGGGGGGAAGGAUGGUAGCGGGGCGGGAACUGGAGGCGCGCCUUUGGGUGGGUCACGGGGGCUUCCAAGCCGUCCAGGGUGGCGCUCAGUGCGGGAAGAUGGCACUGUGCAUAGGACCAGGAUGCUCUGACCGGCCUUGUUUCGUUGGAGUUCAUGUAAUGGAAUGUAUUUUUCAAAUAUUGAUAUUUGCAUUUUCUGUAACAAUUCCUUACAAUAAAAUAAGGUAAAAUUGUGCAUUUAAA